AUGGUCUCCGCGUCGAGCUGCUCCCGCAAGACGAAGAAAAAGAAUGGCAAGAAGAGCAGCAAGCGCAAGCCCGUGAACAUGCAGGCAAACUUCAACAGUAAGUGCUCGUUACCUGGCACUCGUACCACAACCCUCGAUGCCUCACUGGGAGCGAUAAGUGACGCCAUGUUCCCGUCCAAUGAUCACCAUCACGCGGCGGUUGACGCUCUUGAUGCAGAUGGCUUUGCCUGUGGAGACUUCCAAUUGCACAGUACCUGCAUUGAUGGCAAGCUUAAGCACAGUGAGGUGAUUGCCAAGGCUGUGGCCAAUGGCGUGACUUUUAUGUCGCUCACAGACCAUGAUACAAUGGCUGGAGUGAGUGAGGCUAUUGGUGCAGCGCAGAAACAGGGCGUCUUGGUCUUCCCUGGUGUCGAGAUCAGUGCUGAAGUGAAAGGUGGAGAGAACCUACACAUCCUGGGCUAUUUCUAUUCCGGAUCGAAUAGUGUCGAAUUGGAGGAACAGCUGCUCAAGAUCCGUACGGGGAGGUACAAGCGUGGCAAAGGAAUGCUCAAGAAGUUGGUGGGUGCGAUAGGGGGAAUGGUGGUUUGCCAGCGAUACUUUGUGACAGAACUAAUGAUUGGCAUCGUCUUUAGGAGGUGA